UAAAGACUGCGCACCGGUCAUUUCGUUCACGCUGCGAGACAGACUGACAGCAGCAGAGGGGAGUGAUGUCUGCAUUCUGAGGAGGAACCUCUCCAAAACCCGCUGCACGUGAAGUUUGAGCACUGCAAGCCCGCUGCAAAUUAAAACGAUCAGCUCAUCUCCAGGCGCGUAAUUACGCACAGCAACCGCCUCUUCCGACAUUCCAGGUCUUAAAAGCAUCCAAGGAUGAUUGUACCUGAGGAGCGAUAAUGAUGUCUGGCCAUAAGAUUUCCUUUUCUAUAGCUGAUAUAUUGGAUCCCAACAAAUUCAACAGCAGAAGAGCAAACGAACUUCCCAUCGCUAAGGAGAAGUUAACUGUGCAGUAUGCAGAGGGGACAAGUUUAGAAUGGGCCAGCGCAGCAGCAAGAGACUUCAGGGAUGAGCGCACAGAUGCAGGAGAAGAGACAGGCGACGAAGACCCAGCGGUCCUUCCUGAUCCCAUUCUAACAUGUUCCUCAAGCGAGCUUGAGGACGCAGGCAGGAGAGCCGUGCCCCCCCCGCGGGACCCUUCACCGCACAAGCGACGACGUGUUGACCAGGCGUGCGCCAAGCCGCGACGCGCCAGAACAGCGUUCACAUACGAGCAACUUGUGGCUCUGGAGAACAAGUUCCGCGCUACCCGGUACCUGUCCGUGUGCGAAAGACUGAACCUGGCCCUGUCCCUGAGUUUGACCGAAACGCAGGUGAAAAUCUGGUUCCAGAACAGGAGGACCAAGUGGAAAAAACAGAACCCUGGGGCAGACAGCACUUUACAGACUGGCUCCAGCUCCCUGGUCAGUGUCAGUCCAAACCCACCAUCCUGCAGCUCAGGCUCCGGCGCCUUCCACCAAACUUUCUCCAACUUCAGCUCUGGGAGUGUGAUUUUCCACACAGCCGGUGGUGUUCCGCUUUCAUCCACUGGGGGGCUCUUGCAUCCCUACAUGCCAAGUAGAUUUGUUCAACCUUACUUUAACUGA